GAGAGAGAAAGAAAGAGAGAGAGAGAACGACAGGGAGUUAGAGACGAGACAGAAGUUAAGCAGCAGCAGCAGUUUAGGGGGGAGGGGGAAACCCAAGGACCCAAUACGUUGCUUGGGCUCCGUUUGGACUCCGGCUGGCAGUCCGUCUUCAAGUCCCACGAUGAUGACAAUCGCCAUCUUGGCGGGUUUCACGUUCUGAGCCCCGGCCCUCAAUGGAUUGAAGAGCCAACCGAAGCAAAUUGUCCUGGAAAGGGUUCUGCGUCCGACCCGAUCGUAACAGCUAUGGGCGGGGGAACGUCUCCGGAAUUAACUGCGACAUUUUUCCGCUGCUGCUGGCAGAACGUCACGAUGAUGACGAUAGGGUUUCACGUUCUGAGCCCCGGCCCUCAAUGGAUUGAAGAGCCAACCGAAGCAAAUUGUCCUGGAAAGGGUUCUGCGUCCGACCCGAUCGUAACAGCUAUGGGAGAGGAAGGAAUGGAACCGGCGGCGACACCGACUUCCUGCGGCCGGGGCCAUAAUCAGAUGGCCGGUGGGCGAGGAACAAGCCCACUUUUUCCCCCCCGAGCCCAGGCGUCAUUGCCGCAAAAGCUUCACAUUAUGCCCCCACUGCGUGGUGCUGGUUGUGGUGGAGGUGGAGGUGGUGGUGGUGGCAGCAGCGGUGGAGAAUUUUCCCCAGAAACUCCCAUGACCUGCUACACCAGCACUGUCAGGGACGACGGAAAGCAAACCGAACCUUUUUGCAACUUAUCUAGGAUCUCCCGAAAGUUUCGGCUUCUUUGUUUCAAGCAAUCUUCGUUGCAUUAUUAUUAUUCCUCUCCUGCCCGACGAACGAACGACAUUCCGUUUCUCGCUCGCGCACCUGUCGACGACAUCGCCGGCUAUCGUCGCCCGUCAUCGCGGGCCUUCUUUUUCCUGCCCCCAGCACUCACUGGGUACCGGGUUUCCCCCCUCCCCGGGCAGGAUAACGACCGAGAUAAGCGCCUGGGAUAUGAGCCAUUUCCCAUCGCCGGACGGGACUUCUUUUCUUUUAUACGGCUUAGCAAUCAAGUACCGGAAGUGCCCGUCGUCUCGCCGGUAUCCGGAUGUAUCUUCGAACGCCGACUGAUCGAGAAAUAUCUUACGGAACAUGGAACAGAUCCCAUUAAUGGAGAGAAGCUCACGACGGAGAUGCUGAUUGAAGUGAAAACUCCCAGCAUCGUGAAGGGAAUGCCUCCAUCUGCGACGAGUAUACCAGCGAUUUUAAAAACGCUGCAGGACGAGUGGGAUGCUACGAUGUUACAAUCUUUCAACGUAAGACAACAGCUUCAGACAGUGCGUCAGGAACUUAGCCAUGCCUUGUACCAGCAAGACGCUGCUUGCCGAGUCAUCGCAAGAUUGAACAAAGAGGCAACGGCUGCUCGUGAAGCUCUUGGUACGUUGAAACCACAAGCAGCGAUUCAACCCCUCGCGCCCCAUGGUCAGACAGUUCCAGAACCGCAUGUUUCGGCGGCUCUGAACAUUGUGGGACAAGUUCCUCUUGGCGAGGAAACUUUGAAAGUAUUACAAGAAACUGCGAAUAUGCUUACGUCUCAGCGUAAACAGCGUGGCAAAGCCGCUCCUGCAGAAGUGGCCUCGCUAGAAGACAUCCAAAAAUUCCGAAAUAUCUCGUCACACACUGGGCUUCACAGCGUUAGUGCGCCGGGAAUAUUAGCUUUGGAUGUUCACGCAGCGGAUACAAGCAAACUCAUCACCGGAGGCAACGAUAAAACUGCUGUCGUCUUCAACAAAGACCUAGAACAAGUUAUUACUGUUCUGAAGGGGCAUUCUCGAGAAGUUUCCCAUGUUAUUUAUCAUCCUACGGAAGACACGGUGUUGACUGCAUCAUCUGACGCCACCAUUCGCGUUUGGCAUGUACCUACUAGUCAAACCGUUAGUCUAAUUCGUGCGCACAACGGUCCGAUCACGGGAAUUUCUUUGCAAGCUACGGGAGACUUCGUCGUUUCUACAUCUAGCGACGAAUAUUGGGCGUUUUCUGAUAUCAGGAGCGGUGGAAAGGUUUUGACGCGUGGUACCUGUCAAGUUCCCUUCACGAGUGCGAGGUUCCACCCUGACGGUCUCAUUUUCGCUACGGGAGCAGCAGAUUCUGUCGUCAGGAUUUGGGAACUUAAGGAGCGCAACAAUGUUGCAAACUUCACUGGUCACUCGGGGCCAAUCACGGCGAUCUCAUUUUCGGAAAACGGUUACUAUCUUGCUACCGCGGCGACUGACUCGUGCAUCAAGUUGUGGGAUUUGCGUAAACUGAAAAACUUCAAGACCAUCAAUUUGGACAGCAACUAUGAAGUGAAGGACUUAUGCUUUGAUCAAAGUGGAACGUAUCUCGGUGUCGCGGGAAGUGACGUGAGAGUAUAUCACUGCAAAUUGUGGCAAGAAUUGAAGGUCUUCAACAACCAUACUGCGGACGCCACAGGAAUCAGAUUUGGCAAGGAUGCCGGGUACAUCGCAUCUGUUUCUAUGGACAGGACUUUGAAGACAUAUGAUAAUGAAGCAUUGCUUCAAGAGUUGCUAAUUGCGGUUGUUGGCGGAAAUGGGAUCUCUUCCGUUAGCUCUCGCAAGGGGAAAUUACGUGGGCACCUGGUGGCGUUCAUUAAAUAUUGCAAUCACAAUGCCGAAAAUCCUCAACGAUCACCAUCCUCCUUGUCCUUGAUUGAGCACUUUCGAACUACGUUACUUCACGAAUCCUGUGAAAUUCGAGCGUCUGGGUUAAGAUGCAUCCGAUACUUGAUGAGAACUCGGUUGGACGCGGAGAAAUGUAUCCUUUGUCGCAUCCCGACUUUUAUUGCCAGAUCGUUGGACAUCAUGCUGGACAAUCACGGAGAACGAAUUCAUGCAAUGCGGUUAAUCCGAAGACUUCUGUAUCUUGCUCCGGAAAUAUUUCCGGAAUGCCUUGCUCGGUCGGUAAUAGCAAUCAUCCAGGAUGGCCCUCAGCUGAAUGACUGGAUGUUCAAAGCAGCCCUGGCUGUCGCGUGUGAAUUAGGUAUUUGCAAUCCUGUGCUUCUCGUCCAGUGCGGAGGAAUCACCGCAUUAACGCACAGCCUCGUUUACUGUCCGAGCGCGGCUCCUGCCAUGGGAGAAGCCGUACUCGGCGUUCUUCUGCACAUUCUGAAUGGAUCUGAUACUAGGAAACUGCUGUGCUUGUCGCCGGAUGAUUUGUCAUUGGCUGUGGAAGAAAAAUUAUCUUUGAAUGAAAUUCUGACGCGUCGUGUGGUGGAGACGUUGAAUCUAAGAGAUCCGCUGUCUUUGCUGCAUGCUACCAUGGCCCCGUUGACGGACGUUCACUAUCGGCAUUUUUUCGAAGGCGGAAAUGAUGCUUCGUCUGUCAGUGACGAAAGAGAUUCGAAUAUUCAAACUUGCACUCAAGUUAUGCUGUCAGCGUUGCGCUCUUGGGCGGGCAUGAUCAGUUUUUUCACGAAUCCUGACGUGGAAUUUGUCAAAACUUCCGCGUAUUCGAGACAGCCUCCUUUGAAGUCCAUCAUCACUGUUCUAGGUGCGAAAGAAAAUCAAACCAAGAAUGCGAUUGUGCUGUGCCUUUUCGAACUCUUCCAAAUCCCGAUUCCGGAAUGGACUGAUGAUUUUCUGGAAGCAUUGCAGUCAUCAGAUCCGAGUAGUGCGCAAGACUCGUGGAAGUUGUUCGAAGGAUUCGUAGCAGCUGAAGGAAAUGCAUUAAUUCCGUUGCCGGCAACUACGAGACCCCGGUUGGCAAAAAAUCAUACGGCGCUUCUUCUCAGUACAUUUGUUUCAAUCGGAGUGCUGGAGGGUUUGGUCAGAGUCGUUUUGGAGAACAAGUCCCUGCUGUCGAUCAGAGCUGUGAUUUUGCUUGGUGAACUCCUGCAUCUAAGCGAAGUGUUACUGCCGCCGAAAGUGUGUCUUGUUGAGCGUCAGUCGUGUUUGAAGCAAUUGAUCGCUGUCGGAACCGAUACGAAGUCGGCACCGGAAGAGCGUGAGCGGGCUCUACGCAGUCUGUCAGCAUUGGCGAGAAUUCAUCGUCUCAAGAAACGACCUCCUCGUCCGCAUUCUGUGUUCCUCGAGCAAUUGAUGACGUUUUCCAACUACAAUAACGUGAAAGUGAUCGGCAUCAAACAUCAGGAUGCAUAUCCCAGCGUUUUACAGAGUCAGAAAUCAUAUGUUUCUAUUCACUCUCCGUCUCCUGCGAGGGAUCAGAAUUCGAGGAAAGAAAGGGAAGAAGGAUAUGCUACAAUCGUGGAUGAAACGGGUGUGUUGCUUAAAAGUGACGAAUUCACUCAGUGGAACUGGAAUGCGCUUUCUGCAUUUUUAGUGAGUCCGAACGCAAAAUUCAAGCGUUACUGGGAAGAUCCCUCGAGUAAAGCCUUGUUGAACCGACUCUUGGCGUUUUUCAAACCAAGCUCGAUGCAAUACUGUGGAAUGGAAGUUGGGCACGAAUUGGCAAGGAUAUGCACAUCUCCUGAGGGCGCGCGAUUGCUGGAAGAAUUCCUCCUGGAUGUCCGAGCUGAACUUGCCGCUUUAGUUGGAGAAAAGAUGAACAAAACUUCAGCUUUAUCGUCGUCUCGUGUCCACAAUUCGAUGGCUCAAUCUUAUUUCUUAUUCUUGGGUCGACUGACUCGGUCCAGUCGCGGAACAAAAAUCAUGAGCAAGCUUGGAAUUCUUCAAAUGUUGUUGGACCUGGCGACGCAGAACACGCACGACAGUCAUUUGAAGCUAAUAAUUUCUUCCUUGGAUUACACUACUAGUGAUGUUUGUCGAUCCAUUCUGGACAGUGUUCUUAAGAAUGAAUCGGAAACAGCUCGUUUGUACGCCACCCAUUUUCUGGAAUUGCUGGCGCGUCUUGAAACAUCCGAUUUCCACUUGUGGGGAACCCAGAUGCUGAUCAAUCAAUUGUAUGAUCCAGCUAGUUCCAUUUCUAUGGCCGCAUCACGAAUCAUUGACAAACUUUGCGAUAACGAACUGUAUCUCAACACGGUGAUUGACCUGAAACCUGCGGUGCUACAUUUUGGAGAACGGGGGUUGUUGAUGUAUAUCAGGUUUUUAAGCGUGCCAAAAGGAUUUUAUUUAUUGAAGGAGAACGGGUUCUUAAAUUCUGAGCUUGCCAAGUGGAAAGACGGUUGGAAUCUGAGGUAUGUAAAAAUACUUGAGAGCUCUUUGCACGAUGCCUUCAGCUAUUAUCAACGUGGUGAAGAUGGAACUUACGGUCGUCGGACGAACGAUCAUCAUCAAGUUGGAGCUUGUCGCCUUGUGCCUCAUCUUUAUGGAGAACUCGCACGACAUCAAGAAGGUCUCGACUAUUUGUUAGAUCGCGAAGGGCAUGUCUUGACAGAAUACUUCGAGUUGAUACUGAAGGCGUCCAAGAUCUCCAGUGACACGACGUGCGUGGAUUUCAUCGCGAGUGACCCGUUGAAAUUGCUUGAACUAAAAGCUGCAAUCUGGGCGAUCGGACAUUUGUGUUUCUCUGAGUGCGGCGUGCUGUACGUGAUUGCGAAGCACUUUGAAGUAAUACCAGCUAUGGUACAAUUAGCUGCAUAUUCUCCAAUGUUUUCUGUGCGAGGUACAUGUUUCUACGUUCUCGGGUUGGUGGGAGCAACUCCACCUGGUGCAGCACUUCUGGCAGAAUACGGUUGGGAGUCUGUUCGAAUUCGUAGCUCGGAGAGUUGGCCAACACGGUACUGGGAGGAAACAAGCACAGAUUCAGGCUUAGAAUAUUCGUUUGUGAAUGCCGGGAAAUUGUCCUCUUUUGCCGGAUUUAGUGGCUUAUGGGAUGAAUUGGACUCGUCAUCCUUCGAGAAACUUCGUUCCGGAACUGAAGGGUCAUCCAUGGAUGAGUUGAUGGCGCGAGCUGCACAAUACGGAAGAAGCCGCAGUUCUAAUUCGUUCGGCGAGAAUGUUUGGGCCGACACGAACGCAUUAAACCGUUUCAAUACCGUGAACUCUAACGCCGCCAAAGUGACGGCGAGUAAAAAUGACCAAGAAUUGGAAGUUACUGGGACGAAUGAUGACGUUUCAAAGCAGCUAUCGCCGACGAAACUUGCAAGAAAUCGGGCAAUGACGACUCCGUCGAAUUUUGGAGCGGAGUUGGUGAAUGGUGAUUCAGAUUUGGCUUCUGAUUCAACUUCCGUGCAAGAUUCCAAGUUCCGAAAAGGAAAAGAAUGUGCAAGGAAACUUGCCCCGUUGGUAAUGCUAACCCCGCCGUCCCGCAUAGAUUCCAAGCAUGGGAAGGCUUCAAGUGAUUCAGUUCUUCUUGAGAUUGAUCAUCUAUCUCCGACGUCCGACCGUUCAACGCCCGAUUUCUUUCGGAUUAAUGAAAACGAAAUACUACCUGGCGAUCACGACAUCUGUGAUGUGAACAAUGGUAUCAAGAUUUCCGACAAUGAAAAGCCCAUAAAUGUGGAUGGUUCCGGUGAUAAUUGUGCGUAUGUUAAUGCCGAACGUUUUGAACCUUUGCCAGUUCGAAUGCGACCGAAGGUGAUCGCCACUCCAAAAUCAGCUGGAACUGAGGAGAAGUCAAUGUUUAGAAGCUUGCGCUACUCUCGAAGACCUGAAAUUGUUUCACUGCCCUAUGAACUUCCUCUCCAAGGGGCCAAUUAUACGGGUACCCGACAGUCGGGUGGAUGGCCGCAUUUCAGCAUUCGCCGGGGUCGAAAAUCAGAAAGCGAUAUUGGCAUGGACUUAUGCCCAAAUCUUUCGAAAGCCGAGAUACAUGGAACACUGGAAAGCCCCACGAGUCCGACCGGCACGAGUCCAUCCUUCUUCAGGAUGAUUUCAUCCAGAAAAAGCUUAUUCCGUAGAGUUUCGCGUAGGCCCAGUGUAGAUGCCUCUGUUCCUUCAAAGUCCUUGCAAAGGUCUUCCGAGCUCUCACUGCAUGGAAGCAAUUCCCGAGUAGAAUUUGCCGAUAUUCCAGAGAUUCCGUCUAGAGCAAAAUUAGUUUCUGAUGCGAGGAAGGCGGAGGACGCCACGGAUGAUCGCGUUGACGCCGGCGUUCAGUACGUCGGUGUUGCGUUGCCUGUUAGUUCCUCGGUUCUUUUAAGCGCGACUUCGACUCGAUUGAAUCAGAAGCAACUGGCGGUCUCUCAGAAAGACGUCGAAAAAAGGCUUUUCUCCAUCGGUGAAGAAACUAUUUCGGAAGAGUUCGCUGGAACCAAUUUUUUGGAUACCGGGGAUAUGCGGCAGAGAUCGAAGACGCAGGCAAGCUCGUUUCGCUUGAGUGGAUCUUCAGGGGCGAGCAAGUGGAACGAUCCUGACCGAGAUUACGACGAAUCGGAGUCAAGAACAAUAUCUGAAAGAGUUCUGAAUGGAGUUCUGUCAAUUUGCGGCCAUGAUGAAAAUCGUUGUCUCGUUUGUCACAAGAUACCAGAGAUUACUGAAAAAUACGGGUCAAUGCCGACGUUUCGGUCGCGGCUGAAAAACUAUAUUAUGAUUGAAGAGGGUGAUGGAUCAAAAGAAGCGCUUGUCAGGAAAGAAAUUCUGCGAAUUGUGGGCAAUAUGUCUAGUUCAGUCGGCCUGAAGACAGCGGAGCGGGAAUUGCUGAUGUUGAAACAGAAGUACACCGCGUUGCUGAAAGAUCCCUGUCUGUAUUCGGAAGUGGCCGCGCUUCUGGGCGAGUCGUGUUUUCGACUACAAACAAGACGUUUCCUGCAGGAAUUGUUUUUGGAUGUUGACUUCACGACUUUUUACAUUGUACCGCGGCUAAUCUUGGGCAUCGGAAGCUGAGAACGUGGGGGAAAGAUUAGUAUUGGUGGGACGCUUUAGUUCAAGCAACAGCGGCGAACGUAAGUUUAGGUUUACUCAUUUCUUCGUGUUUCAUUCAAGAGCUGUGAUCGUCGAAUUUUUUGGUGUUGGUCGCUCCUGAAGUUUUUCAUCCUUGGAUGAGUUCGGAUUUUAAAGCCAAGAUUUUUAGUGAUAGCUCGACAUCUGCUUUCUUUGUCCCGCUCUUAGUUCACCGGAAAGGCGAGAUGUUUUAAAACUAUCAAGGACGUUGCCCUGUCGUGUGAUUCUGGGAUGAAAAUUUGUUUCCUUUUUAAUUAUUGCUGCAUUUUAAUUUUGUGCCGUAUCGACUGGCCCGGCUUGUACUUCUACCAGAGAUUUUCGAAAUUCACUGCUAUCAGUGUUGCCCGUCAAAUUAUUGCGCUUCUGAAUUGUUUUAUUUGAGAAAGGUUGAAACGUGAGAACUUCUGGACAUUCUUGAGUUGUAGCUUCCUCCUUAAUUUUGUAACUUGGAUCUCACUUUCUGCCCGGAUUCCUGUUGACUUGUCAGUGCAGCGUUUUGAUCGAAAUCCGAUAGCUGCGGGUUGAUUUUCCCUGGAUAUGUUGUGAUCAUGACGUGUAUGCUUCAUUACCAGUGCUUUUUCUGGAGAAGUGUUGAGAUGGAAGUCAGUUUGAUCAAUGUUCUUUUACGUUUAAAAUCUGCUGAUGCCGGAAUUUUGUUGACGGAGCAAGAAUGUCGGAUGUACGCAAGGUAUUCGCCGAUUUUUAAGAUUCCGUUCAGAUUCAAGGACGUGAAAUGUGGCGUUAUUAUUUCCGAAUGUUGAUUGAGAUGAUCGUUGUCAUGAGAAUGAUUGAACCGGGCACAUCCAAUACAAGUAUACAUUAUUUUUUGAUGAAAGAAUA